AUCAUCUAUUCUGUGUGUUUUAUCUGUGCAUCCUAUAACUUAUAUCUUUCUCCUGUAUAUCUAGGCCAUUGACAUUUGUGAUCCAAACCCAGUACUGAUGCUAAUGCUCUGUGUCUACAUGUAUGAAAGGCUACCUACAUACCUCCCCAAAAAGGUGGUACCAUUCUCCUGUACUUUGUAUGAUGUUGUGCUGGGACAGAUAUUAGUGAAAAACCCAAGCUUGAAAAAUUUAGUGUACACAGCUACAAUUGUUGGAAGAGAUUCUGCUGACUUCUCUCUUGCCCAAACUGGGAAUGUUGUAACAAUUUCCCCAAAAAACCAAAUUGUCCUCAUUGUGAAAUUUUUAAGUCGGUUCCUCCAUCCUGCUGAAGCUACACUAUUAUUGAUAUCAAAACCUAAGGCCGGAGUAGGAGGCAGUACGAUGGCUUUUGCUCUGAAAGGAGAAGUACUAAAUUUUAAAGCAAUUGAUAUUCUAAAAUGCAAAGCUCCAUGUUAUCAAUGGAAAGAAGUCUCUGUGAAUGUGAAAAACCCCUUUUCAAUGGGUGGAGAUUUUCGUGUCAUUCUUGUGGAAUCCACAACACUUAUGUAUUUGCCAUCACAAGUAACUGAAUCUUCAAAAGCUGCUGUGAUCUCUGAUCAUAGUAUGAAUGGUGACUAUGAUGCGGAUCGGAGUUCUUCCCAUGCUGAAAAUGGAUUACGAACUUCAAUUAAGUCUAACUUCAUCAGAGAAUUCUUCUGUUCAAUGCAUACAAUUUUCUUGGGAGCAAAAGGUUCUACAAGCCUGGAGAUCUACUAUCUUCCUUUUGAUAUGCACAUCCGCUAUUGUGCCGUCAUCCUGAGCAAUGAAUCGAUUGGAGAUUUGAUAUAUAUUAUAGAAGGAAAAGGUUUGAUCCCCUUGCCAUCCAAUUUCCUUCCAAUGAAACCUCCAAGUCCAAUUGACUACAGUACUUCUCUAGAAGAAGAGUAUAGUAAGGAAGAUCCAGUUCUGUAUCUGAACUGCAAACCUCAUCAAAUACUUGACAUGGACCUUAAGGUACCAUUGACUAAUGAAGCCAAGGAAAAGGCUUUGGCUUUUGCAGCACAGCAACAGAUGUCAACCCUUGAGUAUGAACGAAGGGCUAUCACUGGCACACUGGAAAGCAGUACCAUUCGUGUAGCCAUUGCUCUCCUAGGACUAACCAAGAUUGAGUGUCUUCUGCUCUUUAAUAUGUCGAAGUUGAAAAAGCCUAAAUCCAUUUUAUAUACAACAGAACUGAGCCUUCCUGCACAUUUCAAUAUACCUAGGAAAAUAUAUAUCCCUCAGAUUCCAGAGCCCACAGCUAUCCAGACUCAAUCUCUAGAAGUUAACCCUCAAAUUGUAACAGGAGACCAGCCUCCCCAGAAACAACUGCCAAGCACCCAAGCAGCAUUAGAAGGAACUGUUUCAAUUCCUCUGCGAUUUGCUCCCCUUGGGCCUGGACGAUACCCUUGUAAAAUUUUGCUGAUAUCAAGAUAUGAUGUGCGUGUGUAUGUAAUUGAAGGUAUUGUAAAUGAAGAAGAACCAGAGGCUGAAUUAUUAUUUAAAACACCAGCGUUUGAACCCCUCACACAACAUAUCCCAAUAAAAAAUGAAACAAAGAAAGCUUGGAAAUUUCAAAUUAAAAUAGAAGGAGAGUGGUUUUAUGGACCUCCGAUUUUACAUGUUGGCCCUGGUGAAACUAUUCAGUAUCCUUUGACAUUCAAACCCAUUUUGGAAUGUGAAAUUAUGGGUAAACUUACUUUACAAAAUGAAGUAGAUGGUAUGGCACACAUAAUUGAAAUUGAUGGUAUUGGGACAAAACCCCUGGCCUUGGAUCACAUUGUUAUAGAUUGCAAAGUGGGAAAUGUGACAGAUAAGUCAAUAAUAGUGCCUAAUUAUACAAAAAGUCUCCUGACAUUUAAGGUAACUUCAGAUCUCUCAAUAGUGUGGGGAAAUUCCUAUAUCACCAUAGAACCCGACAACUCAAUUCCAUACACUCUCCAUGUAUGCCCUUGGAAACGUGGAGAAUUCAGAGGUGCAAUUACAUUUUCUGUUAAGAGCAGGGAUGAAGAAGAGUCUCAGGAAGACACAGAUCAGGAGAAGGACAUCUCUUCUCAGGAAACACCAUCAGAUCCAUCUACCAUUAUUUUUGAGGAAUACUCAGAUGAAAAGGUUAAAAGUUUAAAAAUCUGGUAUCAUCUUGAGAUCCAUAGCUCUCCUGGACCUCCUGCAGACACAAUUGAACUUCACUGUAUUGCUCUGGAGACUAUCUGCAUUGAAAUUCCCAUCUCAAAUCCAAAAGAUAAAAUUAUUCGUAUGGAUGUGCAAUUAACAUCCUCUGCUCUUAAUGGACCAGAGGAAAUGAGACUGAAUCCAUUGGAAUGUGUGAACUACGUUGUAUGGUAUUCUCCAGCAACCACAGGCUAUAAAGAAGAAAGCAUUAUUUUUCAGCCUGAAAUGGGUGAAGAGUUCUGGUAUUUACUGAAAUUAACAACUGACCUUCCAAAAGCAAAGAGAAUACCAGAAAUGCAAUGUGAUCUUGGAAAGAAGAUCAUUCAAACCCUUCCCUUAUAUAAUCCUACACAUGAAACAUUAGAAUUGAAAAUAAGGAACAGUAAUCCUGAAAAUUUUGUCAUGGAGAUUAAUAGAAAAAUACCAUUGGUCCUCCUACCUCACUCUACCACAGAGCUAUCUGUUUACUUCCAUCCAUCCGGACUUGGGAGAUCUGGUCAUGAAACCUGUAUUAACUUCUAUUGUACACAGUUUAAAGAAUGGAAAUUCCACCUUUUUGGAGUAGGACUAUUCCCUAUGCCUAUAGAAGCUCAAAGAAUAACCACAAUCCUUGGUCUUCAGGCAUCUGUCAUGAUACAUUUCAAAAAUCCUACCAGUGAAGAUGUUUCCAUUGAUCUCAUAUUAACAAAUAAAGAAGAACCCAAGAAUCUUGUAAUUGACCAUUGCUGGGAUAGUUUCCUCCAUGAGAAUUCUGCAUUCCGGUUCAGCUCUCUGAGGCGUACACAUGGAAUUGUGGUGCCUCCUAAAGGAAAUGUAGAUAUCCCAGUGUUAUUUAUACCUACUACUAUGACACUAUACAAAACAAUGGUGAUAGUUAAGGUGAAGAGAGCAAACAAAGAAAAUUGGCUUGUUGACAAUUUUGAUGAACUAAGUGCAGAAACUAAGAGAUUUAUGGGAGUAGACCAUGGGGAAAUUCAAGCAAUACACUGGAUGUACCCUAUCAUUGGACUUCCACAGGCACCACCACCUAAGAGUACUCCAGUUGUCAUAAAAUGUCAGGCCAACAAACGGAUAGAAGAGAAGGUGGAAGUAACAAUGAUUGGUAGUUUUUUUGGCCCACGUCCAUCACAUGAAUUGAUAGAAUUUGUAGUGUUUCCAAAAAGAAAUUCUAUUAACAGUAUUUAUGAAGAUGUUGAUGUAACUCCUAAAAGACGUGAAUUUGAGUAUGAAAUAGAAUUUGAAUCUGAAGAUUUGAAGACUAGCCUGGACUCCUCUGUAACAUUAUAUUUGUACAGAAAACAUUUUAACAUAAAACAUGAAUUAAUUUCAUUGAUUUUCAAUCUGAUAUUUACACCAAGAAAACCAUUCCGGGCUCAUAUCACAUUGAAAGUUGAGUGCAUAACAGAUGGAAUCUGGAAAUUUCCUAUAACAUUGAUUGCUACCGAGCCUGAAGUGGAGGAUAUAAUUGACAUCCAAGGAAUCGGUUUAUUCAAGACAUCUGUCACAGAAUUUAGACUGACAAGUCAGACAAGGUAUUAUGAGCCAUUUACAGCCUAUUUUCUGCCAGGUGGUGAUCGAGAUUUUUUUGUAAAACCUCAUUCUGGAGAACUCCCUCCAUUUUACACAAAAGGAAUUCUCAUCAUUGUAGGAUUUAAACCCCAAAUGUAUAGUAAGAAAUAUCAAGCAACACUUGUAAUACAGACAGAUGAAAUAUAUUGGCUGUAUGAAAUAAAUGGGUUACCUCCAUCACCAAAAUCAAUGGUACAUAUAAAAGCCAAAAUCGAUGCUACUAACAAGACAUAUGACAGCAUGCCACCAAUUCGACACAAUUUUAUUCGUGAAAAUGCUAAACUUCGAAGUACAGGAGUGUCUUCUACUAUUAAAGGUGCUCCUUUAGUUAAAAAGCAUAAAUAA